UGCUGAGACACAGAGCUACACCUCAUCUCAUGCGGAGCGAGAUUCGGUGCAGCCCCUCUGCUCAGCAGGAGCUGCGCAGACCGGUCAAACUUUCGCUCACACUCUCUCAUGUGUCCAGACUUGUACAAUAACUUUGUCCUAACUCAUCGUGGGCUACUGCGUCGGGAAGCUGGAAGUUAUGCGCGCUGACUGCCCAACUUCGGGCAAAGAUAAAAAGUCGAACUCAGAGCCAGGCGGGAUGGAGUCGCAAACAAAGCCGGAGCUGGGUCACGGCGGUGGAGGUGUUUGUCGGGGAGGAUGCGGGCUUCGGCUGACCGGGGAGGAGCACUGCUGUGUGGACGCUCUGCGCACAGCCACCGACACCCUGGAGGAAAGAAGCGCCACUUUGGAGCACGAAGCCCGGAUGGCGAGGCUGAGGUGGAACCGCAGGGAGCAGUACCUGCUAGCCCAGGUGUCAAACCUACAGAACGAGGCCCAGCUCGCUGCUCUCCAGUACCAGCGGAGACUGCACCAGUACAUGCUGCACAUCAACAGCAUAGCAGAGCAGGUCACGGGCUACUGCAAGGGAGAUUUGAGAGCAACUUGUGACAAGCAGAGCAAAAUUGCAGAUACAGCAUCAUUUAAAGAAGAAGAGCAACUCAAAGCACCUGAGAGUCAGAUGACCAGCAAACACAUCCCACUGACGGGGUAG